GUAGUUCAUUACAGUAACCUUUAACUGGGAAGAACGGAUCGGAGGUUGCUCAAAACUGAAAGGACUGCUUUACGCUAACAUUUGAAUCCCUUCAUUAUUUUAAUAGCUUGUAACAAUGUCUGUUGCACCGGCAAUACAUAGAUUGUCCUCGGCUUCGAAAGUUUUAAUACGAUCUAUAUCAGCCCACAAUUCACUGAAGACCUUUUCAUUAACCGGACACCGGGACCAGGCCUGCAUUCGUAGCCGACAGUUCAGCUGCUAUACGCGGCCACUAAGGUCGGAAAACAAGGUGACCGUCCAUUUCAUCAACCGCGACGGGGAGAAGAUGACCGUGAAGGGUUCCCCUGGCGAUUCACUUCUCGACGUUGUCAUCGACCAGAACUUAGAUUUCGAUGGAUUUGGUGCAUGUGAGGGGACGCUGGCCUGCUCCACCUGUCACCUGAUCUUCGAGGAGGAGGUCUACAAGCAGCUCGGACCAAUCACAGAUGAGGAGAUGGACAUGCUGGACCUGGCCUACGGGCUCACUGACACAUCUCGUCUGGGUUGCCAGAUCUGCCUGACCAAGUCCUUGGAGGGGAUGACAGCGCGGGUGCCCGAGAGCGUGACGGACAUCCGACAGCCUGACAUGGGCACGACCAGCUCCUCCUAGGACCCGCCCAGAGGGCGUCGGCCAGACCCUAGAACCCUAGAUUUACACUUUAAUCAAUGAGUAUAUCUAUAUAUUUACAUUUUUAAAGAUCAAGACAUCAUGUAGGGAGUACGUGAUUCAGCAGUUGUUCUUAACACGGCAGUCCGGAGGGGUGGAGGCGCCGGUGCUUUUUUUACCGUUCCAUGGAUGAUGUCACCCUUCUUGGCCCCGCCCUCCAGGGCAUUGCAGUUGUCUGAGCCAGCCUACCUGAAUCGCCUUGAGCCAGAACAGUGAUGAUUCUCUCUUAAAAGCCACUGUAAGACUACUAAUGCAACCCCAUGUAAAGUCCUCACUUAAUUGUAAAUAGCACAUGGUUGUGUAUAGCUUGAAUUCUGUCUGCAAUAAA